AUGUCUACUGCUACUGCCAGGAAGAGAGUUUUCAAGACCCAUUCUUACAGAGGUGUCGAUUUAGACCAAUUAUUAGAAAUGUCUACUGAAGAUUUCAUCAAGUUAACUUCUGCCAGAGUUAGAAGAAGAUUCGCCAGAGGUUUAUCUGCCAAGCCAGCUGGUUUCUUAAAGAAAUUAAGAGCUGCUAAGUUAGCUGCUCCAGAAAACGAAAAGCCAGCUGUUGUCAGAACCCACUUAAGAAACAUGGUCAUUGUCCCAGAAAUGAUCGGUUCUGUUGUCGGUAUCUACAACGGUAAGGUUUUCAACCAAGUUGAAAUCAGACCAGAAAUGUUAGGUCACUACUUAGGUGAAUUCUCCAUCACUUACACUCCAGUUAGACACGGUAGAGCUGGUGCCACCACCUCUCGUUUCAUUCCAUUAAAAUAA